AUGUCGAGUUGUGAUCAAUCUUAUUUUUACAUUGGUGAAUAUACAUUCGAAGGCAUCGAAUAUCCGCUUUAUCAAGAUAGAUACGGAUAUAAGUAUUACAAGAGAAAUGACCAACUUUAUAACGCGGAAACUCCAGAAGUCAGCCACGAUGAACCUCAGACCCAAGCUCCUUUCGUCCGUAACGUCGCCCCAAGCUGGAGCCCAAGUCCCAAAGGUAAAGAGCCAGCAUCUAGUGAUAAUUUCGCUACGGAGCAAGGAAGCCAGUCCUACAGCUCAGGAGCCGGCUACAACUCCGCUCCAGCUUAUAGCCCUACAUACUGUACGACGGGUGGACUAAGCACGACGCCAACUUAUAUGGGUGCAGCUCCUACAUUUGACAACCUCCCACCGACGUCUCAAUCAAAUAAUCCUUAUCUUGUUACAGAAUCAUUCUAUAAUUCGGAUGGAAAACCACCAGGCUACAAUCCUCCCGCAGCCAAUGCAGAUUUCGCCUCAGACGAUACUUCUACUUCUACAAAAUGCAGUUAUCUACUACCGGUGCCUGCCACCCCUUCAUAUUAUGCCUCUCCAGAUGCAGACAAGAGGCCAGACAUGAUACCGUGUAAUGCCCCUUGCAAAAAAACAAAGUUCAUAUGUAGUUACCACGAGGGAAAAUAUCAGUACGGUUACGAAUGUAUAUCAAAGAUCUAUCAGCGGGAUGGUCGUGGGCAAUACAUAAGAGGCCUGGACGGAUUGCCAGCGGCCGUCCAAGUCCGAUACCCCGAUGGAAGAAUAGGAGAUCAGAUUUGCCGAAAUCCAGCGGUUAGUCAAAAGUUCUUCUGCCAUGAAUGCCGCCCAGUGUGGUUGCCAUGCUAUUAUGGAUUGGCACGCGAUCGUACAUGGGGAUGCAAGAAUUCUGCGCAGCCAGAAUUUCCAUGGGAUAAAAUUGUCAGCUGCAUCCAGCACUUUGACAUCAAGAGCUUUAUACCUAACAAGAAUAAACUACCGCCAAACACAUUUGGAAAUCCAGAAGAUCAUGAGAAGUCGGUCAAAAAUCCCGCUCCAUCGGGUCCUUCUAGAAGCUCGGGUAAAUCGGGACGCUCGAGAGGGAGCUACAACACUGAAACACGUUCUUAUCCUCAAAGAGAGAAUGCGGUGAAUAGGGACGGUGUCAUUUUAGAGAGUCCAAGACAAGAUUCCCAUAGAUUACAACAACAGACGCGUCAAAAAGUAGCAGAGAGAAAUCGGGAAGCGGAUGAAAAUGAAGCCAGGGAGAAUGAACGGCGAGACAGGGAUACUCAAGCGGAGCAGGAAAACUUGAGAAGGUAUACUGAAGCGCUUGAGAGCAUUGGAAAGUCAGAACGAAAAAGAAGAUCACGCAAAUAG